CUCCACUUAUGUAGUCGAAAAUAAAUGUAAUUCACUCCUCCGACUCGAGUAGCACGGAAUGGCACUAAUAAUAGUAAUGAUGUCUAAACAAUAGACUGCUUCAGCUGGUAGUGAUUUUGGGUGUUUUACGAUUGUUUAUUCAUGUUGAUGGACACCAGACAAACUAUUGUGAUUGAAAUGGUAAUUAUACAGUGAACCGGUAUUUCAAGUUUUCAACGAUUAAAUUGAUGGAUUUGAAGAAUAAUUAUCUCUGUAAUUCAAACCUGUCAACAACCUGUUUUUUUUUUAUGUCAUGGUUUAAUUGAUGUCUCCAUUAUCCUUGAUUGAUUGAAACACAUUAUUUAUUCAUUGUUGGUACAAGGCCUUGCGUGUGUUCAUAUGUUCUUCGUGUGGAAACAAUUACAUUGUCAAACAGUAGAUAUUUGAAACGACAGCCAGAAAGCUGUAUAUAUACAUGUAUAUAUACUCCAUAUGUAGUUAGCAGCCAAACAGAUAAUAAUCAAGUUGUUUUGAAAUGUUGUGUGUUUAAGUGGAGAAUUCUUAUUGUUAAAAGGUUCAUGUAGACAGAGUAAAAAAUGGAUAGUUGGGUACCGAAUCCUAGAGCAAAACCAUACAUACCCAAACACAAACUAUUUGGAUCACGAUCAGCAGGUUCUAGAAUCAGAGAAUUCAGUAGCAGAAGAUGUAUAUCAAAAAUAUUUCAGGGAGGUUUGCUUCUGGUAUUAAUAGUAACAGUUGUAAUUAACAUUACAUUUAUCAUGGACACCAAUAAAAAACUUCAUACUGAUCCACAAGUAUCAGAUAAUAUAAUGAAGAUACCAAUGGAACCGAAUCGUCUGGGGAUUGACUCAGAAAGAAAGCCCCAGAUAGUUAAUUUGGAAGUUGUAUCAAGUAAAGAAUUGGUCUUUGUUUCAUUUGAUGGAACUACGGUGUUACAAGAUGAAGGAUUUGAGACAAAUAGAGGUGUUCAUGUAUUAGUUUUAAAUCAAGCUACGGGUAGUGUAAUGGCUAAACGUGUAUUUGACACAUAUAAUCAAAAAGAAGAUGAAGCUAUGGUAUUAUUUCUAAAUAUGAUUAGUGAUGGUAGAAUUAUUAUCUUCACAAUAAAGGAUGAAGGAUCUUUUCAACUUAAAACAACAGCUCGACAUUAUUUAACGAAGUUAGGGAGUGAAAGCAUCACAGAUCUGGGUUGGAGAGAUACCUGGGCGUUUGUUACUGUGAAAGGAGGAAAGAAGAUGGGUGAAGCUCAUGGUAAAUCAUCAAGUUUAACAACAUGGGGAGAAAAAGCUGUAGUUAAUGUUCAAAUAACUUUAUCACCAUCUUCAGAUUCUAAAUGUAAGUGGACUGGUGAUGAUGUAAUAAGUACUAGACGUCAAUCAUUCUGUAGUAAGGUGGAGGGAUACGGUAGUGUCUGUAGUUGUACUGAUCCAGCACCAAUAACAUUCCCACGUAAAAAGUUAGAUAAUAAUAAGAUAUCUGAGAUACCUAUAGCAGUGAUCGCUAGUAAUCGUCCUCAUUAUCUUUAUAGAAUGUUAACAACAUUAUUAUCAGUACCGGGUGCUAAUCCUGAUAUGGUUACAGUAUAUAUUGAUGGAUAUUUUGAUGAACCACUAGAAGUAACCAAACUAUUGGGAUUACGUGGAAUUCAACAUACUCCACUUGGUAUUAAAAAUGCCAGAAUAUCACAACAUUAUAAAGCUAGUCUAACAGCUACAUUUAAUUAUUAUCCUAAAUCUGACUUUGCAAUAGUUAUUGAGGAAGAUUUGGACGUUUCUCCCGAUUUUUUGAAUUAUUUUAGUCAAACAAAGCAUUUAUUAGAAGAAGAUUCCAGUUUAUAUUGUAUAUCAGCUUGGAAUGAUCAGGGCUACGAACAUUCUUGUAAAAAUGAGAGUUUAUUGUAUAGAGUAGAAACUAUGCCUGGACUUGGUUGGUUACUUAGAAAAAAAUUAUAUAAAGAAGAAUUAGAACCACAUUGGCCGACACCAGAUAAGCAAUGGGAUUGGGAUAUGUGGAUGAGAAAUAACGCUGUACGUAAAGAUAGAGAAUGUAUAAUACCAGAUGUUUCUCGCACCUAUCAUUUUGGGGCUAAAGGUCUUAAUAUGAAUCCCUAUUUUCAAGAAGUUUAUUUUAAAAAACAUUCCUUAGUCACAAAACCUAAUGUAAAAUUAAAAGAUUUAGAGAGGAUGAAACAGAAGGAAUAUGAAUCUGUUAUAGUAGAAUUAAUAAAAUCUGGUGAAGUUUUAUCAGAUAAAUCUAAUCCUUGUGAUGAUAAUUUUAUACCAGACACAAAGGAUAAAACCUAUAUAUUGUAUAUAAAGAUGAAUUCCCCGGUUGAUUAUGCAACAUGGAAAGUUUUAGCUAAGUGUUUUCAUAUCUGGGAUUUAGAUGUUAGAGGUUUUCACAAGAGUAUGUGGAGAAUGUUUUUAAAACAAAAUCAUUUAUUAAUAGUAGGAGUACCUGCGUCUCCAUACGCAGAAUACAAACCAGAACAUGUAACACCUUUAUUUCUAAAUUCGACAGUAACGACACAGAAAACAAGAAGAUAGCACUAGACGCAUAAUUUAUUAUUAAACAGUUGACAUAAAAUUACAUCCAUUUCAUAUAUAUAUAAUAUACAUUUUAUUUUAUUUAUUACUUACUCAUGAUAUACAUGAUACAUAUUUUUACAUAUUUAAAAAUAUUUAUUUCCUAAUCUGUCAUGUAUCAAACAUUGUUGUUAUAUUUCAUGUUCAUUAUCAUUCAAAGUCCCUUUUUUCAUAAAUACUGAUCAUUAUUUAAAGGUCACCGGAAACGCUUCAUAAAUAUUUUAAAUAAUGCAAGCAAUUAUGGCAACAUAUCGUUUCUAUAAGUAUAGCAACAAUCUCGAAUGUCAAUGUUACCUGCCACAGGUAAAUUUCAACGUUUUCCGCCACUCUCCGUGAGUUGUCGUAAUUUCCGUCAAUAAACAAUCAGUGACAUCAUUUUAGUCCAUAUGCUCAUAGAAAUAUAGACUAAAAUAUGAGGGACUAAAAUGACUACUCAUGGAAAUACCGGUAGGAGGAAAUUACUAACAUUGAAAUUUACCUGUUGCAGUGACCUUUAAAUUUCAGGCAAUAAUAAUUCUUAAUUUAUAUAGCGCAAAAAUAUUUUAUGGCAAUACAAAUGCAUCUUAUUUUUCAUGCUUUUAUCUGGGUUAAAAUUGACUCAAAUUGAUUAUUUAAGAUUUCAAUAAGAUACAUCAACGAUGUCAGGGGUGUGGCGAACUUGUCUAGUUGACAUACAGUCAUGACGUGGGUUGUGACUGCUGUGGGCGACUCAAAUUGUUUAUUUAACAUUUAGAUAACAGAGCUAAAACAUCAGCGUCAGGCAGGGGUGUGGUGAAAUGUAUGGCAUAUACCCGUAUUCAUUAGCCCAGUUGGAGCAGAAUAGUAGGAUGUUAAACCCCAUUUCGUUUUAUUUCUAGUGUGCAUUAUGGUCACAGUUGAUUGUCUGAACCUGGGACUGACCAUCUGAGAAAGUAAUCAGUUAAUUUACAUUUUUUGAAAUUAUCUUUUCAAAUAAUUUAAAGUUAAAACACAAUUAAUUUGUAGUUUGUUUCAAUCAAAAUUUUAAAAUUGAUGUAUAACUAGAGACCUGGACAUUUUUUCAGCAGAUAUGUAAUUGUUUUCUUAUAUCUUUAUUUUUAAUCGCUCAAGAUUAUGUCUGUGAAUUAUUUUUACAAUUUUUAUUUUAUCUGUGUUCAUUCCAUUAAAUUUUGUGUUAUCGGAGGGCCAGGUUUAUAAGGGAACCCUGAAAGAUAGUUACUUUAGUAACAAAGUCUUAUAGACCCCUAGUGCUCUCUCUUCGUUACUGGGGCGUCCUAAUCACAACCAAUAUGAAAAAAAGGCUUUUCCCCAUCUGGGUUCUAAGGCUAUUUUGGAAUCCUUACGGUCUAUUUUUCACCGUGAUUCACUUAAGACUAUGGGUCUCAAAUAGUCUGUUCAGACGCUUAAGUUGAACUGGUUUAAAAACCCCAGGAAUCGUUAAACCAGUUGAACUGCGUCUAAACCAGUUUAAAAACCCCAGCUUGCGACCUGCAUUCGAGAAGGGUUUUUUAUUUUUAACUGGUUCAUCUUAGUCGUCUGAACAGGUUGUCUUAAAAACCUGUGGCUCCAGCCUGCUUUGAGCAUGCGCAGUACGCAGUAAGUUACAUUGCUGUGAAAAUAUCGGGGUCAGACAGUGCCAAUGUUAUCGAAAGCGUGCGAGAACCGAAUAAAGAAUAAGAAGCUACCCAUGUGUAGUUAACUCUAACCUCUGACCGAAGAAGAGGUCAGAAUAGUUCAACUGGUUUGGCUUAUAGUAUGUAUAAUAUGAACUGGUUUAAUAAAGGGCGUCUGAACGGGCUAUAAGACCUUGUUACUAAAGUAACUACCUGAAGGAGGGAGUCCCCAUACUACUUUAUUUAUAUAAAAAUGUAAUAAUAAAAUUAGUUUUAUUAAUUUAAGUAAAACUUAUUAAAGUGUGUCAAUAUGUAGUUUAUUAUUCAUUUUGGUUCACGUUUUAUUUGUCAUGUAUUAUAAGUUCUAUGUUGAUGGGGGGAUCACGUGGCUAAGUGGGUAAGACGCUGGCUCGCUAGCCUGGAGGUCGGGUGUUUGAUCCCUGCAUUGGCCAAGAAAGUUCAUCUAGAUUUUCCGGCGUGGUUUUCCCUAGUCGUUGAGAUGGGGCGAAAAAAACGAGGUCACUUUGCCGUAUUGGCGUGCACGUAAAAAUUCCCUUGGCAGUUGGAAUUCAAUAUAAGAGUAGGCCGUAGCGCCGCUGCACGGGCAAAAUUUCCCUCAUAGCACACUGUAUGGUGUAUGCCCGUCUUCAUUAGCCCAGUUUAGGAGCAAAACAGUAGGACGUUAAACCCUAUUUCAUUUCAUUUCUAUGUUGAUGUUUGCUCGUGACCCCGAAGGUCUAAAUCUGGCCCUCCAUGUUAUAUCAGGCUCAAGUUUUGUAAUUUUUAUCUCAUUUUGGUCACCAAAUUUACAUUGUAAUUAAAAUUUAUCUGUUUUGCUAGAUGUGUUACGACAACUGUAAUAAUAGGCAUUUUAAAAAAUCAGCCAAACUGUUAUUAGUUAUUUGUUUAAUAUAUAAAAAAAUAAGAUUUUAAGAUAAAUAUAAAUAUUAUGUAUAUAGAUGAAAAUAUAAAAAUGAGCGGGGGAUUCAGGGGAGGAUCCAGAGGGAGGGUUUGGACCCCCUGCUCAGCUACAUAAAAAAAAAUAAUUGUAAAAACACUUUGAGACUAGUGUAAGGGUCGUGUGGUUUAUCCUUUAUCAUCAGAUGGUGGGAUGGGAUGGGCAUUCAAAGCACGAUAUAAUGAUAUAGACAUAUGUGAUAGUACAAUUAAUGCUUGGCAUCAAUGAAAUUGAAUCACAAUAUGAUCCUAUUAAUUCAUUAUAAAAAUUGACAUCAAACAGGAAGUUGGAUUUCUCUCUUUAAAAAGCUCAAUGGGUAUGUAUGCCUACUAAUUUAGAGAGGAUGAUGGCAUCAUGCAUUGUCAACUGUCAAAUUUCCUUAACAGGAGCCUGGCAACCCCCCUCCUGCAAAAAUUCUUGGAUCCGCCCCUGGGAUUUUUAUAUUUUCAUUUAUAUCUACUUUCUCCCCUGCAUAAUUGUUUGAUCCAGCAGGUACACAGAUCUGUCGGCCUGUUCAGCCUCUGGUACUCUGUUAAAGGAGUGUUGCCGUUCCACCAUUUUAACUAUUAUGUAUAUAGAUCAUUUCUAGCAUGAAGAUAAACAAAUGAUAUUCCAUUUAUUUUAUUGUCUCUAAUGUUAUCAACACAUUUUAAUCUCAUUAAAAUACACUUUAUACAUUU